UACCAAUUACCUAACCUCAUUUAUAGAUAGAUAAACUUAACAUAUGUGGCAUGAUUUCUAACAAUAUAUCGUUGCUCCACUUCCACUUCCACUCUAAAACAUGUGUUCUAAACACGGGUCGAACCGACUAUUGCCAUGCCUAGCCAUGUUGGUGAUGGUGUUUCUUGGUAUCACAAAAGCAGACAUAAACAAAGAUAAAGCACAGUGUGGAAAUCAACUUGUAGGGCUAGCAACUUGUUUACCUUAUGUAGGUGGUGAAGCAAAGGCUCCAACCAUGCAAUGUUGUAGUGGACUCAAGGAGGUGUUGGCCAGGAGCAAAGUGUGUUUAUGCAUGUUGAUCAAGGAUCGAAAUGAUCCUAGCCUCAACCUCAAAAUCAAUGAGACGCUUGCUUUAGGUCUACCAGAUACUUGCAACAGGCCUACCAAUAUCUCUCAGUGUCUCAAUCUUUUACACUUGCAACCAGGCUCACCCGAUGCUAGAGUGUUUGAAGACUUUGCAAAAGGCACCAAGAGCAAAAACGAUACCAUAGUUGCGCCAGGUGGGAAUGACACAUAUGCAAAUGCAACAACAUCAUCAAGUGAUGGGGGACGUCCAAAGACAUGGUACUUUGGGCCAAUUAACAUUGUGGGCCUUUUCUUCAUUAUUGCCAUGCUUCACAUCCUUAUAUCCAACGAGCUCGUUACCUACUAAUGUGUGAUAAUAAUAGUUGGUAGUGGCCACUGGCCACUUGAAUAAUGUUGUCAACUAUGUAAUUAAAUACUGUAGUUUUUUGGACAAAACUUGAUCAAAAAUGGUUUUUUUGUGUAUAAUACUCAAUUGUCAUUUCA